AUGCCCAACAUGGAUACCACUAUCGAUUUCAGCCCUUACCGGGCCGACGGCAAACUCUAUGGGUUCGUCUGCGUUGUAACCGGCGCCGCCCAGCCUGUUGGACAAGCCAUCAUUGAGGAGUUGGCAGCUCAUGGCGCCGCCUCCAUCUACGCUUGCGACAAGGCGGCUAGUGACGAAAGCUUCAAACCGCUGGUCGAUAAGGUGCACGCCGAGCACCCGAACACCAAAAUCAUCCCGUAUCCUUUCAAUGUAGCUAAAGAAGAAGAGACCCUCGUCCUUAUUGAUGAGUUGCUUAACCACUUCGGCCGUCUCGACAUCUGGGUGUCGUCGGCCGGACUUUUGGGUCCGCCGUCCAUCGCUGAUACCACGCCGGCGGACUUGCAGCGCUGUUUCGAAGCGCACUCCAUGGCACCUUUCUUCGCUUUGAAGUACGCGCCCCCCGCCAUGGCCAAGCUCACGGAGAAGAAAUCAUAUCCGAACGCAGCGCCCAAGACGCAAAAGUAUGGAAGUAUUAUCGUCAUUGGAAGCGUGGCGUCAACCUACGGCGGGUGUUGGGGGCCCUGUUACACCAUGGCGGCCCACGCCGCCCUGGGUGUCGUCAAGGCUGGGGUUGCAGUUCUCAAGGGCACCGGAGUGAGAAUCAACUGCAUCUCGCCAGGCCAGGUCGAUGUUGGCCUUGAUUUGAACGGAAUUGAUAUGAAGGGAAUGAACUCCCAAUUCCCCCCUGCGAGUCUGCAAGGUAAAGAGGCUUCGGAGGCCACCAUUGGUCUCGAGAGACCAGGCAGUCCGCAAGAAGUAGCUCGAGUAGCUGGUUUUCUCGCGUCUGGCUUCAGCUCGUAUAUCACGGGAGCAAACCUUAUUGUUGAUGGCGGCGUGUCUGCCAUGAACCCGCUUACGAUCCCUAUCGGUAAAGCGCACGCGUAA